AUAAAUCUAUUCUUCCCACCCCACCCAGGGAAAGGUUGUCCCCAAUUCCGAACAACUCAACCCUUCAUCUCUGCCAAGAUGAUGCACAUGACAUUUUACUGGGGCAGGAGGGUAACCAUCCUCUUCGAUUCUUGGAAAACCGAUUCAUGGCUCAGCUACUUUCUUUCUCUCUUCGCCUGCUUCCUCUUCUCCGUCUUCUACCAGUACAUGGAGGACCGCCGUCUCCGACUCAAGCUCCUCUCCGUAUCCAAGACCUCCCCGCCUCCCUCCGCCGGACCUUCCCUCUCCACCCCUCUGCUCUUGUCCAAGAUGGGCGCCCGCAAUUGGUCGCCUUCUCGAUUUGCGGGGGGGAUCUUGUUUGGGAUAAACGCGGCAAUCGGCUAUCUUCUGAUGCUGGCGAUUAUGUCCUUUAACGCCGGCGUGUUUAUCGCGGUGGUGGUGGGCUUGGGCGUUGGAUACUUGGUUUUCAGAGGCGGUGAUGAGGGUUUUGUGGUGGUGGAUAAUCCUUGUGCCUGUGCUUGAUCAGAUCGAUAUGGGUUUGACGUUGAUCUUUAGUUUCUCCUCUUUUUUCUUUGGUUGGAUCUUGGGUAUUUGUGAUGGUGUAAACUCAUGAUGGCGUAUCGUGUGUUGUAAAUUCGUGAUGGAUGAAUACAAAACGUAUUACAUAAUUUCCGGAUCUGUUUAUCUCUGUCUCGAAAAUUUUUUCUCCUAUGUUAA